UGCUGCCUGUUAUUUGUGCAACAAGAUGGCGGUGGCUCCUGAGAACAGAGUGCUUUCCUACAGUGUUUUUAAAUGGAGCUCUUACUCCUCUACAUACUUGCCAGAAAACAUCUUGGUGGAUAAGCCCAGUGACCAGUCUUCACGAUGGUCCUCUGAAAGUAACUACCCUCCACAGUACCUGACACUGAAGUUGGAGCGGCCGGCCAUCGUGCAGAGCAUCACCUUUGGGAAGUACGAGAAGACCCACGUGUGCAACCUGAAGAAGUUCAAGGUGUUUGGGGGAAUGAGUGAGGAGAACAUGACCGAGCUUCUGUCCAGUGGUCUUAAGAAUGACUUCAACAAGGAGACCUUCACGCUCAAGCACAAGAUCGAGGAGCAGAUGUUUCCCUGCAGGUUCAUCAAGAUAGUGCCUCUUAUGUCAUGGGGACCAAGCUUCAACUUCAGCAUCUGGUACAUCGAGCUCCACGGCAUUGAGGAGCCAGACGUGGUCCAGCCCUGCUUGAACUGGUACAGCAAGUACAGGGAGCAGGAGGCCAUCCGGUUGUGUCUGAAACACUUUCGGCAGCACAACUACACGGAGGCGUUCGAAUCGUUGCAGAAGAAGACGCGCAUCGCUCUGGAACAUCCCAUGCUCACACAUCUGCACGCACGCCUAGUGCAGAGCGGCGACUUCGACGCCUGCGAGGAGCUCAUCGACAAGGCCGUCAGAGAUGGUUUGUUCAACCAGUACAUCAGUCAGCAGGAGUAUAAACCCCGCUGGAGUCAGAUCAUCCCCAAAUGCAACAAAGGUGAUGGAGAUGAAAGCCGGCCUGGCAUGAGAGGUGGCCAUCAGAUGGUUAUUGAUGUGCAGACAGAGACGGUGUAUUUGUUUGGUGGCUGGGAUGGCACGCAGGACCUAGCAGAUUUCUGGGCGUACAGCGUUCAGGACAACCAGUGGGCAUGUCUCUCCAGAGACACAGAGAAAGAGGGCGGUCCGAGUGCGCGCUCCUGCCAUAAGAUGUGCAUCGACUCGCAGCGGCGGCAGAUCUACACGCUCGGCCGCUACCUGGACUCAUCUGUGCGCAACAGCAAGUCCCUCAAGAGUGACUUCUACUGUUACGACAUCCACAAGCACACCUGGACACUCCUCAGCGAGGACACCGCGGCCGACGGAGGACCCAAACUGGUGUUCGACCACCAGAUGUGCAUGGACUCGGAGAAGCAUAUGAUCUACACGUUUGGCGGUCGCAUCUUGACGUGUAAUGGGAGUGUUGACGAUGGCCGCUCGUCUGAGCCGCAGUUCAGUGGGCUCUUUGCGUACCACUGCGCCACGGCAACCUGGAGCCUCCUGCGUGAGGACUCCUGCAACGCCGGGCCCGAGGACGUCCAGUCACGCAUCGGACACUGCAUGCUCUUCCACACGAGGAAUCGUUGUCUGUACGUGUUCGGCGGCCAGCGCUCCAAGACGUAUCUCAACGACUUCUUCAGCUAUGACGUGGACGCUGACCACGUGGAGAUCAUCUCCGACGGCACCAAGAAGGACUCAGGCAUGGUUCCCAUGACUGGCUUCACCCAGCGCGCCACCAUCGACCCUGAGCUGAAUGAGAUCCACGUGCUCUCCGGCCUCAGCAAGGACAAGGACAAGCGCGAGGAGAACGUCCGCAACUCCUUCUGGAUCUACGACAUCGCCCGCAACAACUGGUCGUGUGUGUAUAAGAAUGACCAGGCGGUGAAGGACGCCCCCAGUAAGAACCUCCAGGAGGAGGAGCCAUGCCCACGCUUUGCCCAUCAGCUGGUCUACGACGAGCUGCACAAGGUGCAUUACCUGUUUGGGGGUAACCCAGGGAAGUCGUGCUCCCCUAAGAUGCGCCUGGACGACUUCUGGUCGCUGAAGCUGUGUCGGCCCUCCAAGGAGUACCUGCUACGUCACUGCAGAUACCUCAUCAGGAAGUACAGGUUUGAAGAGAAGGCACAGACUGAACCCUUGAGUGCUCUGAAGUACCUGCAGAAUGACCUCUCACUCACUGUUGACCAUUCAGACCCCGACGAGACUAAAGAGUUCCAGCUGCUUCCUUCAGCUCUCUUCAAGUCCAGCUCAGAUUUCAUUCCACUGGGUUUCUCUGGUGUUGACCAGACCUAUGCCCAGCGCACGCAGCUCUUCGACACGCUCGUCAACUUCUUCCCCGACAGCAUGGCCCCGCCCAAAGGAAACCUGGUCGACCUCAUAACGCUCUAGCCACGCCCACUUGCGUGCUGACGGACAGCUGGUCCCCAUGUCACCCAGCGAGGCCAGCGAGAGUGGACGAGCCUCCCUGAGUGUGUGUGUGUGUGUGUGUGUGUGUGUGUGUAAAUCUGUUACUACAGUAUAUAACAUGUGUCUGUGAGUUGUGAGGGUCAAACCGUGUUUGAGUGUGUAUGAGUGUGUAUGAGUGUGUAUGAGUGUGUAUGAGCGUGUAUGAGCGUGUAUGAGCGUGUAUGAGCGUGUUUGAGCUGGUAUGCCCAUGACAUCAUGAUCUGGAGAAAGUGUGUGUGUGUGUGUGUGUGUGUGUCUGUGUGUUCACACAAGCCUGUGACACGGCUUGAAUUUGAAAUGGGAACGAUGCAACACAUAUGGCGGUCAGUCACAAGCGGAAUUGUGUUGAUGCCGUCAUGGUCAGCUGGAGAGUUCACAUUCUCAACAGUCUGAAGAUUCCCCUUGUUGUGAGCUUCUGAUUCUUUAACUAUGAGCUGCACUGGAAGGACUGAGACUUCGAACUCUCCUUUGCUUUGUCCCUUUUUCCCACACUUAUUCACACACAGACGUGUGUGUGUGUGCGCGCACACUCAUUCACACACAGACGUGUGUGUGUGUGCGCGCACACUCAUUCACACACAGAUGUGUGUGUGUGCGCGCACACUCAUCACACACGUUGUUGUUGGAGAGUGUAGAUCAUGUUACUGUGUGUGUAUGACGCUACAUCUGAUGUUUUGUGUCAAGCUGAGGGCUGGCCUACAUUUCCCAGAAUUCUUUGCUAGAAUUAAGUGAUGAUGCUUCUAAUGUAUGAAUUGGUACUGAAUUUGGGAUUUUGAGUUUUGUAUGUUUUUUUUUUUUUUUUUUUUUUUUGUCCCUUCUACCAUUGGUAGUUGGUAGUUGCACAUCCACACACAACCUGGGGCUGUCAUCUUUACCAAGAAGAACUGAUUUUCCAGGCAAUGUUCUUAUGUACAUUCUGUGUGUGUGUGUGUGAGAGAGAGAGAGAGAGUGAAUGAAUGGAGAGGGGUUGUGGGGGUUGUAACAGACACUAAACUUUGAGAGUUUUUUGAGUGUGCGAAUUCAUGGGUGCUAACUAGGCCAACUUGACCAUAUGCACUUUUUCACAAGCUUGACAGAACAAAAUAAUCUCAGUCUUCUAGCUAGCUAUCACUAGUGUGCUGAUCUUUUGGAGAGGUGUGUGUGUUUUUUUUCAAGCAGGGUUUGGUGUGUAAAGAGUGGAGUACAAUUAACAGCUUUGAUUUGUAAGGGCUUUCUGUACAGAUCAUGAGCUUGAAAGGUGUGUGUGUGUGUGUGUGUGUGUGUGUGUGUUCUCAUCAAUGAGAUAAACAUGUUGUUCUGUUCCAGGUGUGUGUGUGUGUGUGGGGGGGUCCCAGAGUAUGAUUCAGCAUGCUUGCGCCACCUUUCUUCCUGGGGACUGUGUGUGUGUGAGAGAGAGGGAGAGAGAGAGAGAAAGUGAGAACAAGAGACAGAAGGAUGACCCCUAUGAAGGUCAACAUAUGGUCUCAAAAUAUUUCCCAGUUGCUUGUUUUUGUGAGAGAGUUAGUUAGAGUUAGAGUUAGUGAUUGUGUGUGUGUGUGAGAGAGGGCAAGAGUUAGUGAUUGUGUGUAUGUGUGUGAGAGAGGGCAAGAGUUAGUGAUUGUGUGUGUGUGUGAGAGAGGGCAAGAGUUAGUGAUUGUGUGUGUGUGUGUCAGAGAGGGCAAGAGUUAGUGAUUGUGUGUGUGUGUGAGAGAGGGCAAGAGUUAGUGAUUGUGUGUGUGUGUGUGAGAGAGGGCAAGAGUUAGUGAUUGUGUGUGUUGUCCAUUGUCCAAGUUGCCUCUGUUAAAAAGUGACCCUGAUAUAAGGUUGCUGGGGACUCCAGACCCUGAUGUUCCCGUAUGGUGUGGGCUUUUCUGUCCAGACUAGUUGUAGGGGUGUCUUAUCUGUGUGUGUGUGUGUGUGUGUGUGUGUGUGUGUGUGUGUGGGUGUGUGUGUGGGGGGGUGUGUGUGUG